CUCAUGUCCGCAGAUGUGUUUUUUUUUUUCUCGGCUCGUCUUUUAAAGCUGCGCUGCCUCCGUAGAUUUUUACCUCUAAGCAAAGCCCACCGGACGCACUGCUGGUGUAGACGCUCAUCUGUUCGCUUUGUAGAGGUCCCAGGAGUUAUCUCACCUCCACCAUGACUGAUCGCUUCGACUGCUACUACUGCCGGGACAACCUGCAUGGGAAGAAGUAUGUGAAGAAGGACGAAAAGCACGUCUGCACCAAGUGCUUCGAUAAGCUCUGCGCCAACACCUGUGCAGAGUGCAGACGCCCCAUUGGUGCCGACUCAAAGGAGCUGCACCAUAAGAACCGCUACUGGCAUGAGGACUGUUUCCGCUGUGCCAAGUGCUACAAGCCGCUGGCUAGCGAGCCGUUCAGCGCCCGGGAUGAUGGCAAGAUUAUGUGUGGCAAGUGUGGCUCCAGGGAGGAUGGCAAUCGUUGCCAGGGCUGCUACAAGGUGGUCAUGCCAGGAUCCCAGAAUGUGGAGUACAAGAACAAGGUAUGGCACGAGGAAUGCUUCACCUGCUUUGAAUGCAAGCAGCCAAUCCGCACACAGAGUUUCCUGACCAAGGGCGAUGAUAUCUACUGUGCCCCAUGCCAUGACAAGAAGUUUGCCAAGAAGUGCUUCCACUGCAAGCAGCCCAUCACCUCUGGAGGGAUCAGCUACCAGGAUCAGCCCUGGCACUCUGAGUGUUUCGUGUGCCACACCUGCCGCAAAACUCUGGCGGGGACUCGCUUCACUUCCCAUGAGAACAAUGUUUAUUGCGUGGACUGCUUCAAGAGUGAUGUGGCCAAGAAGUGCCAUGGAUGCAAGAACCCAAUCACAGGGUUUGGCCACGGCACCAAUGUGGUGAACUACGAGGGAUACUCCUGGCAUGAGUACUGCUUCAACUGCAAGAAGUGCUCCCUCUCGCUGGCCAACAAGCGCUUUGUCAUCAGUGGAGAUCACAUCUACUGCCCCGACUGUGCCAAGAAGGUGUGAGCUGCACAAUCAGCUGUGCAGAGGCUCACUGUUUACAGUGGAAUUACACCAAAGUUGGCUGUUAAUCUGCAAAACACAACUUCUCAUAAAAUUAUACGUUUGGGAGUUUUCUGAGUGUGAAUUGAUAACAGAACAGAAAUGUUAUUCUGUUUCUGAAGUAACAUAAAAAUGUCUAAACAGUCAAUUUGGGUUAAACGUCGCUUCACGAGGUUGACAGAGUUGAGGCUAUUUCUACUAAAUAUCUACUAGCUUGAAUCAUUUAUCUACAUAUACAUUGUAGCUUGUUCCAGUGUCAGGAUUGGAUACUAACAUGGCGGCAGAAUUGUGGGAUUGUGAUAUAUAUGCACUAUUAGUCUAAUCUAAUCCAGAGCAGCUUUAUAAGACAAACCCUUUUCAGUGCCUUACUGGAAUCUUUCAGAGUGAAUAUGCUUUUCCCAUGCAUUCUGCGGCUCAUACAUACCAGCUUUAAUUAAUAAUCGUUUACGCCUCUGAAUAUUUGAAUGGAUUAUGAGAAUUUAAAAAUAUAUGUUGAGUGAAUUUCAAAUACACAUCAAGUCAAUGAGAUUGAUGCUGAAAUAUAUACAUGUAUUCAAGGCUUUCUGAGUGAAGUUAAAUGUAAAACAAGAAUAAAGGAGGAAGUGAUGUGAAGUCUCAUUUCAGCAAGCAAUUAAAAACAUGGCAAAGGA